AUGGAGCACUCUUCACCUCUCGCUGCCAUGCAGCCUCCGUCAGUGAUGUUUGGUCAUUGUUUCCGGUCUGAUGCGCAGUCAUACUCUUUGCAUCCUAUGUCUGGAUUUGGUGGAAAUCCUUUCAACUUCAAGGAUUUGUCUAUGAAGAAGUCCAAUUCGGACUACUUCAACAUGAAGCCGGUCCGUGGAUCUUCACCUACUGCUAGUUUGGCUGCAGAUCUCUCUCAGAACUUUCACAUUGAUCAAAGUCCCCAAUUAGCCACACCCCGGCGGUCUUUGUUCACGGCCAACAUGCUUGGCCAAGCCAAUUCUAAUGAUGACAUGAUGACCACCCCUCCGCUCCCUUCGUCCUCACCAGCCCCAGCUAUGGAUUUCAUGGAAAUGUCCCCUCUCCCGCAUAAGAAGCCUACCUUCGUCGUUACAACCGAGAUUGAACUUCAAUCACCUACACCUGAUGGCAGCCCAAUGGUUUCUCCUCUCGCUUCCCCCGUGCCGAGCCCUCUCCAGGCCUCGCCAAUGGAGUCACCACUGUGCCAGCCUGAACGCAAACGCCCUAACUUCCUGCGUCCAAGCUUGGCUAGAAGUAAAGCGCAAUCGUUCCAACUCGGUAUGACUCGCCCGGCACCUGAAAGCAAGGCACCGCCUUUCCGCUUUGGUACCGGCACCAAGACUUCUCUUAGUACUUCUACUUCUUUGGAGGAUAUGUUCGGUGACUCACCUCCCCGUGAGCGUUCUGUCUCCCGCAACAGCUCUUCGGAUCGCCUGGCGCCUCCACGCCUCCGACCUCCGUUCCAUGCCCGUGCCAGCGGCUCGCCCGCACCCAGUUCAAUUCGCAAGCCCUCUCAUCCCUUGAUGCGUCCCCGUAAGCAAUGUCGGCGAUCAUUGAGCAUGUUUGAGCACCCAGCAGAUGUUAUUGCCGAAAAAGAGGCCAAGGUAGCGACAAAUGCACCCGUCCAGUCCAUUAGUGACAUUCAGAGCCCGCCCAGCAUGAAGCUGCCUCAUUUCAUCCCUGAGGAUCGCGCGGACUCAUUACCUCGCAUCGACAAAAGCACCCUGCUGGAGCUUAUGGGUGGCAAAUUCAACGACCAGUUUGAUAACAUCCUGGUCAUCGACUGCCGCUUCGAAUAUGAGUAUGAGGGCGGCCACAUCAAUGGUGCCGUUAACUUCAACGACAAGGAUCGUCUCGCCAGUGAACUAUUCAGCGCUCCUCAGCCCCGCACUGCUCUGGUCUUGCAUUGUGAAUACUCGGCUCACCGUGCUCCCAUCAUGGCCAAGUACCUUCGACACCAGGACCGCGCCAUCAAUGUUGAUACUUACCCCAACCUUACAUACCCGGAUAUGUACAUCCUCGACGGUGGAUAUAGCUCAUUCUUCGCCGAGCACCGUUCAUUCUGUUUCCCCCAGAACUACGUUGAGAUGGCCGACAAGGAGCAUGAAUUUGCCUGUGAGCGUGGCCUCGGAAAGGUCAAGCAGCGCUCCAAGCUCAACCGUGCCCAAACCUUUGCUUUUGGUGAACACUCACCUCAAAUGGAGGACAGUCCCACUGGCCGUUGCCGCCUCGGUGAUAGCCCCAAAAGCCGUUUCCUGGACUCGCCUUUUUCUGCGAGCUCAUUCUCCGGUAGCCCAGUUCCCCAACGGACCCCCGGGCGCCGCAUGCUUUCUUAUUAA